AUGGCCACUUCGUCUCCGGGUGGGCAACCUGGGUGGACACAACAGGAAGCGGCGAUGGUGGCACAAGCUGCUCAGGCGCGUGAGGCCUAUGCAGAUGCCACGACAACGGGCUAUGAAGGCUUCCAGAAUGCGGCUCAGGCCUCGUGGUCAGUUACGUCCACGAGGAGGAGCGUACCGGUCUGGAUGCAAAGGUUAGGGGCGUUCUUUCAAGAGAUGGGCGCCAGGCAGCAAUCUGGUGCGUUGUGGAACCCUUCACCCAUGGGAACGCCGCCUCCAGCGGGGCGGAGGGCCAUGGGAUCGCCGGAUACUGAUCCAGGUCCUCGAGGUCGCUCGGAAGAUGGAGGUCAGUCUAUGCUAUGGACGAGAGAGCAGCAAGAGCAACUGCGAAGAAUGGAGCAGCGGGCGCCGUUGCUGUAUGGAAGAGCCCCACCACAAGAGAGGCAUGACGGGAGCUCUGGUGGGAGCACCUACGAAGCGGUUCAGGACGAGGUCCGGAAGCAGCUAAGAGGAGUGGUUGAGCAGCUGGAAGAGUCGAGGAGAGAAGCUGGUGACCUAAGAAGGGAAAUGGAGAGACUGCAGAAAGAGAGGAUGAUGAAACCGCCUGAGGGACCACCUGUUGCCUAUGGGGGGGUAUCUUGCAGGCCAAGUCCCGACGAUGCCGAGCAGGUCGUCACCAUCACCGGCACCACUCUUUCCUGCAGGAGCCUCUACCGCAACGGCACCACCUUUUCAAGCAGGAGCUUCUACGUCGGAGGCACCACUCUUUCAAGCAGGAGCUUCUACCGGGACGGCACCACUCUUUCAAGCAGGAACCUCUACCGGGACGGCACCACUCUUUCAAGCAGGAGCUUCUACCGCGACGGCACCACCUGUUCAAGCAGGAGCCUCUACAUCGGGGGGACCACUCUUCCAAGCAGGAUCUUCUAUGACAACGAUCCCCCGAAGCAGGAUCUACUACCUCGGAGGCACCACCUAUGCAAGCAAGAGCUUCUACCUCAGCUGGAGGAGGAGGUGAAGGCGCUGCUUGAGGGCCUUGAGAGGGUCAUCAAGGGUGCAAAGCCUGAGGAGGUGACGAAGGCCGCAGCGGAGAUCCCCAAGCUACCAGAGGUAACCGAGACCAGUGCAGUGGACUUUGGAGAUUGGCUCUACUGUGUUGAAAAUGUCAUGGGAGAUCUUAGUGCAACGUCGGCGGAGUGGUGGAGGCAUAUACUUGAGGACGCGACAGACUACUACAAAAGGUAUCAAGAAGCGGACCAGUUCGGAAGGUUGGCUUUGAAACCUUCGCCCAGCACUGAGACGGCUGAUACAAAGUGGGCAAGGGUCGACCGACGAGCGGCGGGAGCUCUCUUGAACGCCAUGCCGGAGGAGAUAAAGAAGGACUUGGUGGCAUCGAGGUCGCGAUCUACGUUGGACAUCUUGGCGCGGUUGAUGGUGUUGUACCGCCCUGGAAGUGCCACGGAGAAGUCGAUGCUGUUAAGAAGAGUGGAGUUCCCUGACCCAGCCGGAAAUGCUCAUGAGGCGGUUACGGGGCUGCGUCAAUGGGCCAGGUUCUACCAGCGGGCGAAGGACUUAGGACUGGCGACCCCGGACUCCUCAAUACUUCUCAAGUCUCUUGAAGGGCUGGUGAAACGUCCGAUGGCAGAGCAUGGUGACAUCACGUUUCGGAUGAACCUCAUGAGGUACCACCCUCGCGUCGACUUUGCCCCCACUGAGACGAGUGUCAUGGCAAUCCACCGGGCGUACCUGGCAGAGUUUGAGCAGCUGGGUUACAAACGGGGCAAGCCGAAGGAAGACAAUGCUGGAGCACAACAGCAGCCAAGGAUGCGAGCAGUGGAGGCUCAACAGAAGGCGGUGUCCACGGGUGACUCACCUCAGUCCUCAACUGGGGGGACAGGAGGGCGAAGAAACAACCCAAAGGGCGCAAGGACCGCAAACCACGAUUCCAACAAUGCUGCGGAGGACUCAUCGACUACGGCGCCUUCUACAACUACGCCAGGGGGCGAAGGAUCGGAGCAGCCGGUACAAGGUGUACCAGUGGAGCAGCUCAUUGAGGACGCUCAAAAGCUGAUGAAGGCCUUCAUGGAGCAGAAAGGCGGGUCACCUACGAUAAGGACCUUGCGUGUGGAGAGCAGCAGUUCCGACAGAGAGGUGGAGGAUUCGCCACAGCUGAGGGAGCUCUUGAAGAACAAUGAAGAGCUGACCAAGCUUUGCAAGAUGGGACUCCUGGACUCAGGAGCUACGCACCCACUGAGGCCGCGGGUGUCGAAUGACUCAGUUAACGGUGUUGGAAGCGUCAAUGUCACCUUAGCGGGGGAGAACAGGGUCAAGAUGGACCAGACCAAGACGGGCACCAUCCUAGGGGGCAAAGACGCACAGCCUAUUGUACCUUUGGGUACUUUGGUGAAAUCGCUGGGAUAUGAGUUCGCAUGGGAUCGUAGAGGAUGUAGGCUGAGACAUCCUACAAAGAAGGAAAUCAAGGUCUACACCAGGUCUACGUGUCCAGAGAUAAUGCAGUGCGAUGCCUUGAGGUUAAUCGCGGAAUUGGAGCAGGCGAAGAUCGACGAGACGAUGGAGUCGUUGGCUCAACUCAAGGCAUCAGUCAGCGUAGCCAGGGACUACAAGGAAAAGAGCUGGAAGGACAUGGUGCGGGACUAUGUGGCUUCUGGCACAGUGGACGAUGCGACAAGGGCGGUCUUGGCGGCACCGUUCAUGCACCAUGCGCCUAUGAAUGGGCAACUGAAGAUCCUACCGAAGUCCCCGGACAAUGCAGACCAGGCCUGGGUGUGGAUGAAGCAGUUCCCACUCAACAGAGCAAAGAGGCGACAGCUGUGGCAAUCCAGGGAGUGGAUAGUUCAUCUGUUCUCGGGGAAGAGUGCGCGAAACGAUCCUCUACGAGAUUUUCCCGGACUGCUUGAAGUUGACCUACAGAAGGGGUGGAAUCUCAACGAUGAGAAGAUCUACGGCGUGUUGAUUUGGGCCGCCCGAGAAGGGAGGAUCAAGCAUGUCUUUGGAGGGCCACCAGCAGGAACCUUUUCGCCAAUGAGGUACAAAAGCGACAACCAUGCGGAGCUUAGGCCCCUGAGGUCAGUGCAUGAGCCGUGGGGACUCCGGGAAGGUUUGAAUGCCGAAGAGUCCUCUAAGGUCUACAACGAGAACAUGAUGAUGUACAAGAUGUUGUGGUUGUGGCUAUGCGCUGAGGUCGCCAAUGAGGACCGAGAUGCUCCCGGACAUAAGGUGGGUUUUUGCAUGGAGUACCCGGAGGACCCCAAGGAGUACCUGCCCGAGGGAAAUCAGAAGAGCACCUGCGUAUCGGUGUGGCGUACGGAGCUCGUUCAGAAGUUUGCAAGCCACAUGGAGUUGAACAAGGUGCAGUUUGAGCAAGGGGCCCUUGGACACAUGAUGAGGAUUACGUUGGCGGACGCGAUCCAUGAAUGGGAUAGAAGUGGAGGCACGGGGCGACCAGCACGCCGCGUGGUGCAUAGGGAUGCCUACGUAAUGAGUCUGGACAUCGCAGGACCGUUCGCUGAAAAGGGAAGAGACGAAGUUCGUGGAGGGAGAUAUAAGUUCGUCCUUGCAGCGACCUACCUCUUUCCAAAGAUUCGGGAAGUUCCGGUAGAUGCUCCAAUCCCCGACGAGGAAGAGGCCGAGAAGUUCCUAGAGGAGGUGGACGAAGAGCCAGGGGAGCCAGAAGGAGAAGAUGAUCCGGAGCUACAAGCACAGGAGGAGGAAUGGAAGAAAAAGAUUGCGGACCUUAGAAAGCCAAUGGAGCUACAAGCUUUGAGGUUCUGUAUACCCUUGGAGAGGCACACUGGCAAAGAGAUUCUCGAGUGCGUCCAGGACCUGUACGUCAAGCUCAGAGCCUUGGGACUGCCUUUGACUCGAAUACACAGCGACAGAGCUCGAGAAUUCAGGGUGAAGCCGGUGAGAAAGUGGUGCAGGGAACGAGACAUAUACCAGACGUUCACGGAAGGCUUGGCGCCCACACAGAAUGCGGCGGCGGAAAGCCAUGUGAAGUGGCUCAAAUCCCAGGCCCGGAUUCAUCUUGGGGCAGCGGAGCUGGACAAGGAGCUGUGGCCGUGCGCCAUGAAGCACGCAUGCCAGUUGCACAAUGCGAGGCAGCUGGGACACAAGUCUCAAGAGAUCAAGUUUGGUUCGGUGGUUUGGGUGAAGUCCAAGAAAGACCGAGGUCCAUUUGAUCCAAAGUGGGAACGAGGAAAGUAUAUGGGCCCAGCGGAUGAUGUUCGAGAAGGACAUGUGGUUCGCUUGGAUGAUGGACUCUGGCUUAGGACGUUGCAUAUGCGUACAGUCAGGGAUGAUGAAGUCGAGGAUGAAGACGACGCAGAGCAUGUGAUCGACCUCGUGGAGCCCACAAGGAGGAUCAGAAGGAAAACCAAACUACCGGAUCCAGAAAUACACAGCUUGAGAACGGACGCAAGAAGGGCUUUGGUGAACCGGUUGCUCAAGUCAAAGAUCUGGGAGCAUGAGGAAGCCCGGGUGGAGCGACCGCAAAUGAAGGAGGGACAAGUCUGGGACGGAGCUGCGUAUGUCAACUUGGGGGCCUACCAGCACGGUGGGAUUACAAGCAUCACCAAGGCGACGGAGAAGUUCAUGGAGGAAGCCGAGAUUGCUGCGCAACUUAUUGCCUUGGACCAUCCAGGAAAGCCAUUCACGUCUAUCGCUCUGGUGAAAAAUGCAACAAUGCCAGUGCACAAGGACUCGUUCAACCUCAAAGAGACGAUGAACCUGGUGUCGCCGGUGAGUGUGACCUCAGGAAGCAGUGUUUGGCAGGAGAUGAAACCCGGGGAUGAGUUUCACGGCAAUUACCACGCGAUGUGGGUUAAUGGGAGGGAGGUGCCGGGCCAAAAGUUCAGCAUUGAAAGGCCAACAAUGGUACGACCUGAUCGACUACAUGCACCCCUCAAGGGAGACUCAGGAGAUCGUAUUGUGGCUAUCGGGUACAAUGUGAGCAAGUGGGAGAAGCUUUUGGAUCAUCAGUGCGAAGAUCUACAGGAGCUAGGUUUCCAGCUGCCCGCUAGACAGCCCGUCAUCAAGAUGAUGAACGAGAACAACAGGAACUACGGCAUUGUCGGGAACAAGUGGUGGGGCCCUAGACUCUUCAAAUGCCCCGAGAGCAUCUUCCAGAAAUGGGAGGCGAAAGGCUGGAUACUAUGGUUGUUCCUGGAGGAAGAGUGGAGCUACGCUUACGAUGGGCUAUUCGAUUCUGAGGAGCAACGGAUGAGGAGUCGAGUGACAUGGCUGUCUGAGUUUGUGGAGGCUCGAGAAGAAGGAAACGUGAACCUCAUGAGGCUUGCUGCAAACCCCGAAGUCACUCAGGGGGUGGAGCAGAUGUUGCAGAAGCUGACCGAGCCGAUUGAGACGGUCCACAAUGUGGAGUUGCAAGAGGUUAAGAACCACCUAAGUGAGUGGAAGGAAAGCAUACGCAAGGAGGUGGAAGGGUUGACUUCGUCUGGAACUUUGCGACCGGUGCCGCUGACAGAUGCGAGGAGAAUGGCUCAAGCCGGGGAGAUUGUCCUGGUCCCGGCCAAAACAGUACAUACGAUCAAACCACCGAGUCAAGACCAAGAGGGGCUCUACAAGCGAAAGAGUCGCCUGGUUAUCUGUGGCAACUAUGUGAACAGCGAUGUGGAGGUUUACACGGCUUCAGCCAAUGCAGAGUCGGUGAGGGUUUCGCUAUCGUAUGCGGCACACAAGAAAUGGCAUGGAGCAAUCACGGACGUCAACUCAGCCUUUACACUUACCCCGAUGGAAGAGUCCAAGGUCAAGUACGCGAUUACAGUACCCAAGGUGGUAGUCGAAGCGGGCUACGCGCCGCCGGACAUCGCCUACAUGGUGGACCGGGUGCUGUAUGGUCUGAGAGAAGCCCCGAGGUUGUGGGGGAGUUUCCGAGAUCGGCGUGUUGGCCGUGCAAGACUGAAGGUGGGUGACCAAGAUUGCAUGUUCCUCCAGAUGGAAACGGAUCAAGCAGUUUGGCGACUGGUGACAUGUGAAGAUCCGACCAAAACAAAGGCCAUCAUGAUCAUCUAUGUGGAUGACGUGCUGAUGCUUGGGCCAGAAGGUGUUGUUGGCGACAUAUACAGGUGGCUCACGCAGGGCACAGAAGGUGAAGAAGGCUGGAAGUGCUCGCCGAUGGAGUGGCUUGGACGUGAACCAGUCAGGUACCUGGGGAUGGACGUGAGGAGGAGAGCAAUAGGAGAUAUUACCAGCUUUCACAUCUCUCAGGGAAGCUACGUGAUGGAGCUCCUGAAAGGCUACCCUGAAGAAAGCAAACGUCCUUCCAUGGUACCAGCCACCAAGGAAGUUAUGCCGUCGAUUGAGGACGAUGAGGAGGAGCCAGUUCUUAUGGUAAUCGACCCUGAGAUGGUGAAGCAAGCUCAAAGAAUGGCAGGGGAAUUACUGUGGCUUGUGACACGAACGAGGCCCGAUGUGGGGUUCGCGACUGCGCAUGUGUGUUCUACCGCCACAAAAGAUCCACAAGCAGCCAUUCGCUUGGCUAAGGUCACAAUGCGGUACUUGGCGGCAACGCCAACCUGGGGUUUAUGCUACAAUGGUCAAGGCAUGCCUGUGGUGGCGUACUCAGAUGCCAGUUUCGCUCCACAAGGUGACCGAAGCUUUGGUUGUGUGACUACAGCAACGUAUGGAGGUUUUUCAGCGUGGAGAAUGACGAAGCAGGCGACGGUGGUCUUGUCUGCAGCAGAGGCAGAGCUGGUGGAGUUGCUGAACGCCAGCCAACAAGCUGCAGGACUCCAAGCGUGGGUCAUGGAAGUGGAGGAAGAUGAUGGAUUGGAACCGGUGAUUCUCCGUGUGGACAAUACAGCAGCUUGUGGUUUGGCCACCACAGCACCGGGAUCCUGGAAGACUCGCCACUUGAAGGUGAAGGCAAGGUUCAUUCGCAUGGAAACGGCAGAGGGAAGGAUCAAGGUGGAGCACGCUCCUGGAGAUGUACAAGUUGCAGAUAUGGGAACGAAGCCAGUACCAGCAUCUCGUUUGGAGGAGCUCAGGCGCUUGUGGGGUAUGUGCUCAGCAGAGGACUUUGAGGAUGACGACCGCAAGGUGAUUCUCAAGAGCUUGGCAGGCCCGGACUACUACGACCUAAUGAGGAUGCUUGUAUGGUUGAUGAUGGUAGCAGGAACGCCCAAGGCCUCAGGUGCAGAGCUAUACAGCAAGAAGCCGAUUGAGUACGACGGCAGCGUCGAGUUUUACGCGAUCAUUGCAAUGGCAGGCAUUGCGUUGCUUGGAGUUUGGGAGCUGCUGAAGUGGGUGGCGAUGAGAUGCUUUGGCGAAGACGAAACUACGCUGGCAAAGGCAAGGCGACUGAUGAAGAUCAGAAACCAGGCAUCCAGGGCGCUACAAGAGGAGCUGGCUAAAGGUGGCUACUCCAACAGUGGCGGCGGAAGCGGAUUCUCCAAAUCCCACAGUGACUCAGAUCCCUACGACCGCUACAAGAUCUACGAUGAGGAUGGAAGAUGA